GCGGCAAAGGCUUCGUCGAUUGGAUCUAUAGACGGAAGCACAUUUCAUGAAAGCGCAAUUCAUGAAAAAAGAGACUACAAUCCAGUAGAUGUUUUUAUUGGAGUCAGGAAACCAAAUGAGCAACCAAGGGUUCACAGUGGGUGGCUGCUGCAGGCAGCAACAAUAAUGUCUGUAAUGAGUUUUGGAGACAAUAGAACCGAGAGAAAUUGAACUUCAAGGCCCUCGACCUUUUUAUCCUUUAGGCCACUGUAGUGUACUAACCACCACUGCAAACUCACAAGAUUGAAAAAUGAAAGAUCUCUUCAUAUUUGGUCUUGUAAGUUUAAACCUCUAUUUUUUUUGUCGCCGUAAAAUAUUCACAUUUUGAUUUCACUUUAUUUUCAUGCAUUUUCUUACAGAUUGAUGACGACUUAGAACAAACUGUACGAUGAGCUUCAUUUCACUAAUAUGCUCAUAUAGUUUGUGUUCAUUUUUUUGUUAAGUUGCUCAAGAAAAAUAAUGUUGGUAUUGUGAUCCGCGACGAGCAUGAACUCAACAGAAUCCUAAUUUCUGAGAGAGAGAGAGUGAGAGAGAGAAGGAGGAGGAAAAAGAAAGAAAGGGACUUGAAUUCAUCCAAGGUGAGGAUCAAGAGGAGGAGUAA